UUUUUUCUAGCGCCCUCUGCCUCCAUCCACCGACGCGGCGCCCGACGCCCGACGCCGCACUCACCUCGCCUCGCUGAAUCGUCCCCGCCAGACGUCGGGUGCCCGACGCUGCAGCACGGCAGCCGCACAACCGCAGCUCCCACCGCUGCCGCGCUCCUCCGGUCAGGCGGUCCUUCCUGGCCCGGCCCCCCCCCCCCCCCCCCCCCCCCCCCCCCCCCCCCGCCUGCCCCGUUGCAUCCGUGCCCCUAGGUACUAUAGAGGCCGAAUCCCCAGGCACAAGCACAGCCCACAUGAAUCAAUUAUCAGUAUACUUUUUUACUUCUUUCUCAGUAUGUUUCUCGGGCCCAAUAAAGAUUUUAUGCUUCGCAAUAGCGGUUUCCCGCAACCUCGAUCGCGCACAGAGGCCCAUUCCGCCGAGGAGUGGCACGAGGAGAGACGACAGGUGCGGGGAUGGGGUCAGUUUUGCUGCCAACGCUGCGGCUGAAGAGUGAGGUCGACGCCGCCAUCCGCGACACCCUCGAUAAGGUCCUCGUUCUCCGAUUUGGUCGCGCCACCGACGCCACUUGCCUCCACCUAGAUGACAUCCUGGAUAAAUCUUCUUGGGACAUAUCCAAGUUUGCUAUGGUAGCAUUAGUUGACAUGGACUCUGAGGAGAUUCAAGUUUACAUUGACUACUUUGACAUUACUUUGGUUCCAGCAACCAUUUUCUUCUUCAAUGCCCAUCACAUGAAGAUGGAUUCAGGGACACCUGACCACACAAAAUGGAUAGGUUCUUUUAGCAGCAAACAAGACUUUAUCGAUGUAGUUGAGGCAAUAUUCAGAGGUGCGAUGAAAGGCAAACUGAUAGUGUCUUGCCCCCUUCCUCCUGAGAGGAUACCAAGAUUCCAGCUUCUUUUCAAGGAUGUCUGAGAAAACUGCAGCUCAUCACGUGCACACAAUCAGCUACCUAGCCCAAGGUAAGUAGAAAAGCUGAAGCUUCUAUAAGAGAAGCACAACAGAGGGGACAAUGCAGGCGUGUUCGUGCUUCGAAGAAACCUAAUUGUGCUGGAAACAGCCAUUUUCAUUCUCAAGACUGUUUGCGCAAAUCUCUGCAAUAAUCUAAUGUUGUACUUGUCCAUAUUGCAUGUUUAGGUUUGUAUUUAAUCACGUUCAUCAAAUAUGACGGGUAUAGAUUUCUUGUUUGGUGUUAAUACCUUGCUACUAGUUUAUAUUGAGUUUUGGCAUUUUACACAAA